CUGGGCAAGGUCAUUUAUACCAGAAUACCAGGGAUGCUAAGAUCUCAAGGGUACUGUACUACAUAGACUGAUGCUAUACUGGUGAGUUCAAAAGAAUAUAUACACACACACAGAGUGAAAAUGAGGGUUCCUGUAUUUGAGGAUGUAAAAGAUGAAACUGAAGAGGAAAAAACAGAGGAAGAAGAAAAUGAAGAAGACAAGGUAUUCUUUAAGCCUGUUAUCGAAGACCUGAGCAUGGAAUUGGCCAGAAAAUGCACCAAACUCGUUAGUGAUAUCCAUUAUAAAGAAGAGUAUAAAAAAUCUAAGGACAAGUGUACAUUUGUGACAGACACUCCUAUGUUAAACCAUGUAAAAAAUAUCGGUGCUUUUAUUUCUGAGGCAAAAUACAAAGGCACUAUUAAGGCAGACCUUUCCAAUUCUCUGUAUAAACAGAUGCCAGCCACAAUUGAUAGUGUCUUCGCAAGAGAAGUGACACAGCUUCAGAGUGAGAUUGCCUACAAGCAGAAACAUGAUGCUACCAAAGGAUUCUCAGAUUACGCCCAUAUGAGGGAGCCACCUGAGAUCAAACGUGCCAUUGAGGUCAAUAAACACCAGAGUAAUAUUUCUUAUAGAAAAGAUAUGCAGGACACCCACAUGUAUAAUGCAGAGCUCAACAGACCAGACAUCAAGAUGGCCACACAGCUCUCCAAGAUCAUAAGCAAUGCAGAAUACAAGAAAGGGCAAGGAGCAAUGAAUAAAGAGCCGGCUGUAAUUGGAAGACCAGAUUUUGAACAUGCUGUUGAAGCUUCUAAACUUUCUAGUCAAAUUAAAUAUAAAGAAAAAUUUGAUAAUGAAAUGAAGGAUAAGAAACAUCACUACAAUCCCCUUGAAAGUGUUUCUUUUAAGCAAAGUCAGCUUGCCGCUGAACUGGCAAGUAGUGUGAAGUACAAGAAAGACAUCCAAAAUAUGCACGAUCCAGUUUCAGAUCUCCCAACCUUGUUUUUAGACCAUGCUUUGAAAGUCAGCAAAAUGCUCAGCGGACGAGAGUACAGAAAACUUUUUGAGGAAAACAAAGGAACGUAUCAUUUUGAUGCUGAUGCUGCAGAACACCUGCACCACAAAGGCAACACCACUCUCCAGAGUCAGGUUAAAUACAAAGAAGAAUAUGAGAAAAAUAAGGGGAAAUCGAUGCUUGAAUUUGUUGAGACACCAUCAUAUCAAGCUUCAAAGGAGGCUCAAAAAAUGCAAAGUGAGAGAAUUUACAAGGAGGAUUUUGAGAAAGAGAUUAAAGGACGGUCGUCAAUGGAUUUAGACAAGACUCCAGAAUUUUUACAUGCAAAGUACAUCACCAACCUUCUGAAGGAGAAGGAAUAUAGAAAAGAUUUGGAAAAUGAAAUAAAAGGAAAAGGAAUGGACCUUAAUUCAGAAGUUCUUGAUAUUCAAAGAGCAAAACGAGCAUCUGAGAUGGCUAGUGAGAAAGAAUACAAGAAAGACCUGGAGUUAGAAAUUAAAGGGAAAGGAAUGCAAGUUGGCAUUGACACCCUUGAAAUACAACAUGCCAGAAAAGCCUCAGAGAUAGCUUCCCAGAAAGACUAUAAAAGAGAUCUGGAGACUGAAAUUAAAGGGAAGGGCAUGCAGGUGAGCACAGACACUCUUGACAUCCAGAGAGCCAAGAAAGCAUCUGAGAUGGCCAGCCAGAUAGAAUAUAAGAAAGACUUGGAAAAUGAAAUCAAAGGAAAAGGGAUGCAAGUGAGUAUGGACAUUCCAGACAUGCUGCGAGCCAAGAGGGCAUCUGAAAUCUAUAGCCAGAAAAAGUAUAAAGAUGAAGCAGAGAAGAUGCUUUCUAACUAUUCUACUGUGGCAGAUACUCCUGAAAUUCAGAGAAUUAAGACAACUCAACAAAACAUCAGUGCGGUGAAAUACAAAGAAGAGAUAAAACAUGCAACAGCCAUUUCUGAUCCUCCAGAGCUAAAGCGAGUUAAAGAAAACCAGAAGAAUAUCAGCAAUUUCCAGUACAAAGAGCAGUGCUACCGGGCCACACCCGUGAGCAUGACACCGGAGAUAGAAAGAGUGAGGAGGAACCAGGAGCAGCUGAGUACGGUAAAGUACAAAGGAGAGAUUAAACAGGCCACCACAAUUUCUGAUCCACCAGAGCUGAAGAGAGUUAAAGAGAACCAGAGGAACAUCAGCAAUGUUCAUUAUAAAGGUCAGCUGGGAAGAGCUACGGCUUUAAGUGCAACUCCUGAAAUGGAAAGAGUGAAGAAGAAUCAGGAGAAUAUUAGUUCGGUAAAAUAUACCCAGGACCGCAAACAGAUGAAAGGCAGACCAAGUCUGAUUUUAGACACACCUGGUCUGCGGCAUGUCAAAGAAGCACAAAAUCGUAUUUCAAUGGUAAAAUAUCAUGAAGAUUUUGAAAAGACAAAGGGGAGGGGCUUUACUCCCGUUGUGGAUGACCCCGUGACCGAGCGAGUGAGGAAGAACACCCAGGUCAUCAGCGACGCUGCUUACAAAGGCGUCCAUCCUCACAUUGUGGAGAUGGACAGGAGACCUGGCAUCAUCGUGGACCUCAAAGUUUGGCGCACAGAUCCCGGCUCUAUCUUCGACAUUGACCCCCUAGAAGACAACAUUCAGUCUAGGAGUCUACAUAUGCUCUCUGAAAAGGCAGGUCACUAUAGGAGACAGCGGUCUCACUCAAGCAGUACCUUCGGUACCGUUCUGGGAGAUGACCAGUCAGAAGUGUCUGGGCGUUACCCUAGCUUUUCCUGCUGCAGUGAGGUAACAAGACCGUCUGAUGAAGGAGCACCUGUUCUUCCUGGAGCCUACCAGCAGAGCCAUUCCCAAGGCUAUGGGUACAUGCACCAGACCAGCCUGUCUUCCAUGAGGUCAAUGCAGCAUUCACCAAAUCUAAGAACCUACCGAGCUAUGUAUGAUUACAGUGCCCAGGAUGAAGACGAAGUCUCCUUCAGGGACGGUGACUACAUCGUCAAUGUGCAGCCCAUCGACGACGGUUGGAUGUACGGCACAGUGCAGAGAACUGGGAAAACCGGGAUGCUCCCAGCAAAUUACAUCGAGUUUGUUAAUUAGUUAUUUCUCCUUUCCCUUUGAGCUGUAUUCUAAUGUACACUUAAACCUAAUCUUUCUAAAAGAUAGAAGAUACUUUUAAGACAACUUGGCAGUUAUUUUACAAUAAUUUAUCCUUACUUUGGCACACAGGUACCAGAAAGAAGGAAUGAUUUCUGGGCUGCAAACAGCAGCAGUGUUAGUAAUUCCUGCAAACAAAACACCACGGUCUGGAUACCUGGUGCUGCUAAUUGUUACUGUUUUCUUUUGAUUGGCUACUGAACCCUUCUGGGAAAUGUAUUUUUGUAGACUUUAAUAGAGAUGUUGAUUGUCCUGUAAAUGUAGCAAGUAUAUGAGACUUCUUAGCUGUCACUUUGGAAUCACCAGAAGCCAAUUCUCUUAAUUUAGUAACACCGUUUAGCUGUGGAGUCAUUAGGCAAUUUCUAACUCCGUGAAAAAUUGCCUAAUAUAAUAAAUGUUAGCAGUGGCAGAAUGACAGUUUGGUUCAAAUUGCAUUGAUUGGUGGCCUUAGGGAUCUAGAAACUUCUAGUGAACAAAGAAUAUUCUUUGUUUCCUUGGCCAACUGGGGUCUGUCUAUUUCUCACUUGUACCAAGGCAUAUCCUACUCCCCAUUUACAUUCUGCAGGCCUAAGUGUGUGCUUGGUUCCACAGAAUGUCAGGACCAAAUAACUUCACCGGCACUCUGCAAAGGGCAAAUUUAAGGUCAUCUAUAUUAGUUCCCUAAUAGCCUUCACCCUGUUGCAUGACAUGUAGGUUCUAGCUUCUGUAACAUAGGCAGCUGCACUGCCCAUUUCCCUUACUAAAGCAAAAGUGUGGCUGGUCUCUAAAAGCCCUCCCUCUAGUUGCCAGCUCAUCAGAAACACAUAUUUCGAAAAGUUGCUUGAGAUUCGCCUGCUGCAUUGCACUCUAGUUUUGAAGGAUUUACACCUUAGGAAAUAGAUGUAUACUCUAGUAAAUAAGUGAUUUAGGUGUUUAUUGAACAGCUUUUAUCAAUUUAAUGCCGCUGUUGAUUUAAAAAUUAACAAAACUUAACAGGAGCCAGUGACAGAGUGGGACAUGAAGUGCGCUGGAGAAAACCAGUGAGUGAAAACUACUAACUCUACAUAGAGAGAGAGAGGGGGUCUGGCUUCUUAUUUUGGAAAUGGUACUCAGAUUCUGGAAUGGAAAUCUAGCCACUGAAACUGAGUGAUGAAAGGACUUUCCUUUCAGUUUCUGGUUUUUGUUAUCUGAAUCACAUUCAGGAGGUCAGAGAGGAAUGGCGUUGGAGAUGUCAGCUGCAGGCCCAACAGGUUGUUCACGGGAAAUGAAAUUGUUGUAGAUUCCAAUGUUCAAAUCAGUGACCUUGCAGUUUCUUGCUGGAUUCGCAGCCCUGACUGCAGCCCUUACGGGCGGGUCAUGACUUUGACCUGAGUCCUUUGUCUAGACCACCUGAGGUGUUAUCAUCCAUCAGCUAAUGUGUUUUUCUGAUUGUGCCGCUUACUGGGACAUGCAACAGGGCAGCGUUCGUGGAGGAUCUGACUCUGCAGUUGAGAUGAAACUGAAAAAACACAGUUACAAAAAUGUGACAAAGUAUAUGGGUCUUGUAUGAUAUUAUAUCCUUACAGGAUAUAAUCAAAGAAAUUAACAAAACAUUUCCUAAGAAUAUCUUUUACUGAAAUGUUUAUCAGUCCAAAGGCACGAGUUAAUUCAUUAACACCUUUGAAAGGUUGGCAAACACUUUAGAAUAUCUGUAAUUUCAUUCUAUCUGUCUAAGAGAGUAAAUAAAAUGAAAUUUAUUACAUGCAAGCUUCACCUACAUGACAGCACCAUAAAAUUGAAAAGAAAAAAAUUAGGCAAAUAACAAGAUUUUUUUUUGAGUGAGCUUUAUGGAUUACCAACUAACCAGCUUGACUGAGUUUUCUUUGUUGUGAUGACCAGUUACAAUGAAAUUGAUUAAACCCUGUAUCAGUUUUGAUGUCCUGUACACAAACCUACAAACAAACUGAACUUGCAGUAUUCUUACAAGAAUUCUGUUCAUUAAAACUGAGGGAAAUAAGCUUGCUCAAUUUUAUCAUAUUGUUAAUUAAGUAAAUAUUUACAUUUCACCCAGACUACUUUUCAAGAUUAUAAAAAAGGAGUAGUUAUUGAUUCAAUUUGUAGACUACCUGUAGGACAGAUACCUUUUUUGAUAAGUAGCACAUUUAUAGGAAACUGACUGAAAAUGAUGGUUAUAAUGGGGGAAAGUUACCAGAAAGCAGCAGCUUGGUGUUUCAUUGUUUUUAUCAUAUACUGAUUUCAAAAUCAGAGUCAUUGAAUGGAAAGUCAACACUUAUUUGGGGAAUAAUUCUCCUAAAAUUGUAAGCUUUACAUAAUGUUUGCAUAGCAAGAUGUUUCUGCCUCUAGCCUUUAGGAAUGAAGAUCUGAUCAGAAUUUCACAAGAAGGCAGUUGUUUUACCGUAAAGACUGGGGACAGAUAAGACAUCACGUGCCCCCAACCCUCUAGGUGGCUAGUGUUGUCAUUGUUCCAGAAGCUUGUUAGGAUAUUAAGCAUCUCAGCAGAAACCGAGGAAACAUAUGUUUAAUACCAAAGUGCUAUUUUUACAGCAUCAUUUUCCAAACUAUGUUCUUGAACAGCUUUUCCCCUUCAACACACCCCCUGCCCACCUUCAGUUUGGCACAAGGUAUCUCAUACAUAAUACUGACAGCUAAACAAGAGUCUAAAAAACACAUUUUUAAAAUUCAAGUUACAGAAGACCGUGAGUGCCCCAGCACAGAGAGCGGGCACCUGAUUUUCUGCCUUGGAUGUUGUCCAGCUGGAUAAAAGCACAAGGGCAGUGUGGUAUGCUUUUCAAGGCUUCAAAAAUGAAACUACACAGAUCGUGUAUCUCGGGAGAAAAGCAUAGCAGCAGAAUAUAGUGCUUUUGUUGUAAGUGUUUGUAGUAAAUGUUUUACUAAUUCUUGGUCUCUAGGAAAGCUUUCUGUCUCUCACUUGUGGCAAAAUGACUUCUUUGGGUCUUCUCGUUAUCGUUUACGCGUCGGCGGUGUAGCCCAGAUUUAAAACAUUUUAUCUGAUUGUCAGAUGCCCCCGCGUCUCCCCAGGCCUCCUCCACCUCCAGACACCACGCUGGUAUUUGCAAGCACAAUUUCCAAGAGCACUUUGUAUGAAGAUGGAUGAGACCAGACCAGCCCCACUCUGGCCACGAAGGUCCAUUGCUUGAGGGUGACGAAGAUACAGUUUAGCCGGUUUUGCCACAGUCUUUCUUUCUGGAUCCUCUGUGUGGAAUGCAACAGCCCUGUGGGGCGCGGGGUGGAGGUGGGGGAGGGAAGCCAGCUUUUCUAAAACAGUGGAAGUCGAAAAGGAGUAUCUGUUUUUAAGCUUCGUCCAUCUCCAGUGGAAUGUUUUUAAUGAAAAGAUAAAAUGUGGAUAGUCCUUUAGUAACAAAUCUCUAUGUAGAGUAGAUAUAGUUUAUACCAAAAUUAUAAUAUAGAUAUAUACAAAAAGAGGUGCCUUUUUGAUUACCCUUGUUUAUUCACUAUGGUCUGGGAAAGAAAACCAAGCAGGCAAGCUUCUGCCUGUUCUGUAGUGAUAUUUUAUUACCCACGACUGGUAUUUGUGUGGUGGGGAAGUGAGAUGCUCCUGACAGAUAUGAAGGGUGAUAGCCGAUUGUAUUUUACUUCUCAAGGCUUAGAACUUUAGAAAAUACUGACUCCUUCUAUCAAUUUCUGAAAUGUUCUUUGUAGAUUUAUAUGUAGUUGAGAUGCAUAAACAUUAAUUUUAGGUUUGAGAUUUAAAAUACCUAUUAUAAGAUAGAAGAAUUAUAUUAUGAGGCUGAAUUCAUUACACGAGAUGAAACGCACUUCAUACAUUUAUCAUCUCUUAGCUAUUUGCUUCUGACAAUCUAAAAGUGGCUGACAUAUGCUUGUUUUGGGUCCCAUGGCAUGGUGGUGAGAAAGCAUCAGUUAAGACACUACUUAAACAAAUGGAAGAAGCUAUGGAAGUGAAUGCUGAAGCAGAAGUCUCCUCCCCAAGUCGUCCAUGCCCAUUAGCGUACUUGCCAGGCCUCUGUCAAACUGCUGAUGGUCAAAGGACUCACGUUAUAUGAAGCUUCUGUGUCCAUUGUUCCAUGAUGCUUAGACUCCUGGAAUCCACAAGCCUGGAAGGAUGGACCCCCGGGACAAACGUCUCCCCCCAUUGUCCAUGUUACUUUGUUGUAUUCGUGGGAAUUUCAUAUGGUUUUUGUGUUUGCUGUAUGGCAUUCAGUUUGCAUAGUAUAUACUUCUUUGUAAUCUAGUUGCUACUAAGGAUGAUUUACUGGAAAAAAAAAAGAAAUCUGCAUUAUGGUCUCAUUUUUCAGUGUCCACACAAGGAAUGGCUGAGCAUUUAGAAGUAGCCGUAAGCGUGUGACAGGCACAGUGUGGAAAUGCUUGGUCUUUGACCUGUGAUAAAAAUGCAAAACUGAAUCAUUGUGCAGUUUGGCUUCUAUUUGCUUCAAAAUAUGUAGAAUGGUGGUUGAUGAUUCAGUUCCUGCUAACUGAGAGCUUACAGUUUGGGAGGAAAUGAUGUUUUUAAAAUGAAGGGACUUACAGAACGAACAAAACAAUGUUUUUAAGAUAAUUUGGCUUUUGUUAUGCAAAUCAUUAACACCAGCUAUUAAAAUAUAUUUUAGUAGAAACGCUUUAAUUCAUUUUUUUCCUCUACACUGUGAAUCUUGAAGCCUUGGCGGACUAGAGCGACAUCGUGCUGUCCAAAGGACUAACCUAUGCAAACUAGCUCACAUUUUAGUGGACGUCACAGUAAUUGUGUAAUAAGACAUUAUUCCCCCUGCGUAAUGUACAGUGGCACUGAAAAACACAUUAAGCCUCGCAUCACUUGUUUAUAGUGUAGUCACUCACAAACCCUUCGAGGCUACCAUGAUCAUUAGUAUUAUUAUUCAUUUAAAAGCAAAUCACGGACUUAUCUAUUAAAACUACUUGAACGAUGUCAUAACAAGAGUGACGGGUGGAUGUGUCAGCCAUGGCGUCAGUGUGGUCACUGCAGGUGUUCUCCUGAGACAGAACCGUGUUCUCAGAUGCACUCUCUUCAGGGUAUUAAUAUUCUGUGUCUUCUUUCUGUAUUUGUAAAACAUUAUGAUGCUUUAAUUUCCUAUCUCUACAUACUCGGUUUGCUUAAAUAAAUGCAGAAUAUAAAAAUGGUUCCAA